CUCUAUAAAGCUGCCGCCCCGGUCGGCGGUAUGACAGAGAUUCGCCGCGCCGGCCGCCCGCCAUGCGGCGGCUCCCGCUGCCGCUGCUGCUGGCCGGACUGGUGCUGGGGUUGGGACUGGGACUCGGCGAGCCGGAGCCGCCCGCCCCGUCGGGGGCGCAGUGCCUGGAGCACGACUGCUUCGCCGUCUUCUGGAAGCCGGGGCCCUUCGCGGCGGCCAGCGCGGCCUGCCAGCGGCACGGCGGCCACCUGAUGACCGUGCGCUCCACGGUGGCCGAGGAUGCGAUCGGGCUGCUGCUGCGGAACCGCGACGGAAAGCUGUGGCUGGGGCUGCGGCUGCCCACCCUGUGCACCGAGCCGGCGCGGCGGCUGCGCGGCUUCCAGUGGGUGACCGGCGACACCCGCACCGACUACGACAACUGGGCGCCGUCGGGGCGGCGUUGCGGGCAGCUGUGCGUGGCGGUGUCCCGGGAGCUGAGCUGGGAGGAGCGGAGCUGCGAGGAGCCGGCCGACGGCUUCCUCUGCGAGUACAACUACCCCGACAGCUGCCCGCGCCUGCCGCUCGCCGACGGGGCGUCCCUCGCCUACCGCACCCCCUUCGGCGCCACCGGCGGCGACUUUAUGGCCCUGCCUCCCGGCUCCACCGCGGUCGUCUCGCCGAUGGGGCUCCAGCUGCUCUGCGAGGCCGCGGCCUCCAGCGGGAGAACGCGCUGGGGCCGUUCCGAGCCGGGAGCCUGGCAGUGCCUCCUGGCUAACGGCGGCUGCGAGGGAAGCUGCGAGGAGUUCGGCGGGGCUCCGCGCUGCGUCUGCCCGGCCGGCAAGAAGCUCGGCCCCGACGGGCGCGGCUGCCUGUCGCCGUGCGCCAGUGCUCCCUGCGAUCACCACUGCGUUCCCGACGGAGAGAGCUUCCACUGCAUGUGUGCCGAGGGCUACCAGCUGGGCCCCGACGGCAGCAGCUGCCAGGACGUGGACGACUGCGUCCGGGUGCCGGAGGUGUGCGAGCAGGUCUGCCACAACACCGAGGGCGGCUUCGAGUGUCGCUGCCAUCGUGGCUACGAGAUGGUGGAAGGGCACUGCAUGCCCGUCCCCAACUGCAGCACUGGGCCCUGCGACCACAUCUGUGAGGACGUGCCUGGCAGUUACCAGUGCAGCUGUCACAACGGCUACGUUGUCGACCCGAAGAAUCCCACCCAGUGCGUGCGGCAGUGCGAGGACGGCAGAUGCCUGGCCGAGUGUGACUUCAGCAACCUCUCCUGCUUUUGCCCUGAAGGCUUUGUGACGGACCACCUGCCCGACGGUGUCACGCUCUGCGUUGACAUUGAUGAGUGCGAGAAUAAUUACUGCGAGCACAACUGCACCAACACGCUCGGCAGCUACGUGUGCCACUGCCAGCCCGGCUACGUGCCCUUUGACAUCAACCACUGCAAACCCAUCUCACCAGACGACAACGUGGAUGAGUACUCAGGAGAUUCUGGCCCCUCCCCGCCCAUCCCCAGCCACAUCCCACCCAAAGCAGAGCACCUGCAUCCCGGGGCGCUGGUGGGCAUCACGAUGGGUGUGCUGUGCACGGCGCUGGUGCUGCUUGCCGUCGGCUACCACCUGGCGAGGAAACGCUGCCAUCCCCCCAGCUCGAUGGAGUACAAGUAUGGCAGCCCCCGUGAGAAGGAGAUGGGGCUCCAGCAGGUGUCUGCCAGCCAGAAAGUGUAGGGAGCCUGGCAGCGAGCAGGACGCGGAUGGAACUGGGUAACGUUUGGUUGUAACCCCCCUGGUUUUGUAAAGAGAAAGUGAGGAAAGCAAUUCAUUGCUUCGGCUUCUCGUGUUGCCUGCCCUGCCUGUUGCAUACGGACCUGUGGCAGCAGAGCUCUCAGAUUGCCAGCAAUGCAGGGACCCCACAGAGCAUCACCACGGGGGGGCUAAAGUGCUGAUUUCUCUCCCCUCCCACCACUUGGGGACUGUUUGGGGGUGAAAUGGGUAUUCCAAGAGCACUGGGGUCAUUUUGUAGGAAGGGCAUUUUCAGUGCUGGUGACACUGUGCCUUUUUGCUCUCAUGUUUUUUCUUUUUUUUUUUUUUUUCCUUUUUAAUUUUUCAUCCACGGCUGAGUUUAAUUUGUGUGGAAGUUGAUGGCAAAACUUCCUGGUGAUGUUUGUGUUCCAGACCUUGCUGCCUGCUUUGCAGGUGCAGCCUGGAGGAUAAAUGGGGGGUUGGGGGCGGGGGGGGUGCAGAAAGAGUUGGAAUGGGGGAGAUCCCUGAAACAGCCCCCGGGGUUGUCAGUGCUGGCCCGAGCAGGCAGCCUCAGUGCCAAGCUUUCUGGAUGGGAUGUUGGGCUCAGAGCUGGGGGAUAUCUGUGCCCCUCAGGCACUGAGCAAUGCAGCAGGCCCUGAGAUGAACGCCAGCUCCAUGCUGCCCCAGUUGUCUCUUUCCUCAUGUAAAUUGUUGAACCCACUGUUUUAUACACCCAGCACAUGUGUAAAUACUUAUUUAUUUGUUGGAAAUAUACCCUACGCCACGCGCAAUCACCUCGUGAUGUUGUGUGCAGACCAAUAAAGCUUUUACCGUCUGAUUUAUAGAAA